GCGCCCGCCGUUGCUAGGUGACGACGCCCCAACGACGCGCCCCAGUCCGGCGGCUGCUGAGGUCUUGGGCCACCCCGAGAAAGUCGAGAAAAGUCGGCGGCAGCCAGCGAUCGCCGGGGCGCCCGGCUCCCGCGGACCCGGGGAACCUCUGCGGCGGCAGGCGGAGGCGCGAGGGGCUGCCCGGCGGCCGGGAGCGGGCCGACAGGGCCGUGCCCCGGGAGAUGGCCUACUACAGGAAGUGCGUGGAGCUGGCCGUCGAGCAGCUGGACAAGUUUCAGCCUGAGAAGGACCACCCGGAGCAGUUCCUGGAGGCCGUGUCUGCCUCGCUGCAGGCUGUGAGCCCGCAGAAGCAGGCCUUUGUUCUGGAGCUCCUGUCCGGGUGUCUGGAGUACCAGAAGCUGCUGACCGUCGUGGUGGACGCCUUCUACGUGCGGGCUGGCCGGCUCUGCCUGUGGGCCGACUACAGCCUCUUCGAGGUGACCUGCUACCUGGCCACCUUCCAGCUGGAGGAGCUCGGCUUCCCACUCUUCUGUGACAUCAUCAGGGCCCAGCCCGUGGACAAGAUGCGAAAGUUCCUCGGGUUCUUCUUCAACCCCGUAAACCUGUGUUCCUGGAUCAAGGACGAGUGGAGCCUCAUUUACGAGACAAACUACGUGAAGGAGAACUGGAUCGACCCCCUGAUGAGAUGGCAACCGAAGGUCCAGGAGCUGAUCAGCCAGCUGGAGGGAGUGUCGGCAUGUCAAGUCCCCCUUCUGAAGUCCAAGGCUAAGGCCACAGAGCCCAAGGAAUUCAACCUGACCGUCCCCAGGCCCCGCGCCAUCCCAGUGCCGGAGCCAGUCCCCAGCUUGGCCAAGAUGAAAGCAGUGCCCCGGAGCACCUACCAGGUGCCCAAGGAGCAGCAGCAGCUGGAGAUGAUCAAGAGAGACAACCGCCGCAGGGCCGAGGAGCUGCUGCUGAAGGCGAACCUGGAGGAGCUGCGGUGCGCGAUGCCCAGGGCCCGCGGGGAGAAGCCGGCACAGGAAUGCAAGAAGCAGCUGCAACCCCAGAUCCCACCUCGAAUUCGAAAGACUCCAAAGCUGACCUUCUACAGGCCGGACAACGCCCCCGUCAAGCUGAACACCGCAGCCAUCCUGCGGGAAGGGGCCUUAUACCAGCGGCAGGUGGAGCGAGAGCUGCAAAGGGUUGACCAGCUUGUGGACGGGGCCGGGGACAUCUCUGAGUUCCUGGAGUGGCAGAAGCAGAUGCUGGCCAAGGACCGGGAGGAGCAGCUGGCCGCGGACGAGUGCCGGCGGCUGCGGGGGAAGCUCAGCCAGCAGGAGGCGGUGCUGGCCCGGCACAGCCACGUGCAGGAGAACAGGCAGAAGGCCGACCAGAAGAAGGAGGAGACGGCAGAGCUGAUGCGGCAGUGUGCAGCGAGGCGGCUGCAGGAGGAGCGGUCGGUGAGAGAGCUGGUGCAGCAGGUGGUGGAGGCGCAGAAGAACGUGAAGGCGGCUCAGGCGAAGCUGGUCCAGGACCGGCGGCAGAUAGUUCAGGAAGUGGCGGAGGAGAGCCGGGAGCUGCUGCAGCGCACCGCGGAGGCGGCCAGGGAGGAGCAGAGGCGGCGCUGGGAGCUCACCUCUCAGCGGCGGGCGCUGGAGACGCAGCCCACGCGCAAGGGCAAGCUGGUGGACCUGACCCAGAUCCCAGGGUACGGCCUGGAAGGGGAGAUGUCGGUGGUGGAGCUGCGUGAGCGCCUGGCCCUGCUCAGAGAGAGCCAGCGGCGCCAGGAGGAGGAGAAGCGGGAUCAGAUCAUCCAGGGCAAGCGCGCCAGGAGCCAGGAGCUGCGCACCACGCUGGAGCAGAUCUCGCUGUGCCGAGCGGCCAUGGGACGGGCCGCAGCCUUGAGGUGGGAGGAGAAGAAAGCGCAGGCGGCGGCCCCGAGGGACCGCUCCGGGGACGAGCGCGUGCAGGAGCUGCGGCGCAGAGUGGAGGAGCGGGCGACCGAGCGCCGCAGGCAGGCGGCCCUGCUGCACGUGGUGGCGCCGAGGACAGCGCGACCCCCGGCCGCGGGUCCGGCGGAGGCGCAGCACUGGUAGGAGCUGGGGCGGAGCCGGGAGCGCAGGCUGCGGGCGCUGCAGCGCGGGGACGCCCCUCCCGGGCCCGCGCCCCGCCUCGAGGCCGCCUGAGCCCCGCCCGGGCGGCGCGCGCGGCCGGCGGCGCGCACCUGUUCUCCACCGUCGCCACCUGCCCGGAGCAGACUGGCCAGAGCAGAGGCGAGACGCCCAGUUACGGCACGGGAGAAACUUACGCUGGAGGAGUGUCCGCUCUUCAUAUGGAAUUAAAGUUUGACUGGGUGCCCUGUAUUUUCACAUGCUAAAUCUGGCCGCGCUGGCCCGGGUCCCAGCCCUUCCCCGCGGUCCAGGGCAAGGCGUUCUCGGCCCCUGACCUCUGGAGCUCCCAGAACCUGGAGUCCCCACCCUGUUCCCCUAGGCGGGUUUCUUCUCCUGCGAAACGGGCCAAGGAAAGUGGGCAGGAUUCUUGGGCAACAGCUAAGGACUGGCCCUUCCGGGGCCUGUCCCCUGCAGCCCUCACAAUGCCAGGCAAGGGUGAGGCCGCCCCCAAGUUGAGCACCCCCACAUCCUCUCCGCAUCACUGCAGGAGCCCUGCUUCAGCAAAACCGGGACUGCUUGGAGGCAUGAGCUGGCCCCCGGCAGGAACCAGGAUGGAAAAACAGCAGGAAAAGUAAAGAAUGGGGCAGGUGUUUGGCCUAGCCGCCGAGGCCCACCCUGAAUGCCGGGCGCCUUUUCCAAAUCCAGCUACCCGGCACCCUGGCAAGCAGGCAGCAGCUGGUGGCUGAAAUGGCUGGGUCCUUCCACCCACGUGCAGGCCUGGACUGAGCUCCCGGUUCCUGGUUCCGCCUGGCCCAGCCCCUGCUGUUACCCGCAGGGGAGGGAACCCGUGAAUAGGACCUCCCUCUCCGUCUUUGUCUCUCUGCCUUUGAAAUAAAUAAAUUUUAAAAAGGUAAAGCACAUUACCUUACGGGCAGUCCCGUCCCGGGGGAAGGGAGUAAACAGGCCGGGAGCUGUGUCUAGGAGAGAGACCCCCCACACCUUCCCCUUCCUCCUGGGGCCUGCAGAGAGGCCACCUCGGUCCCAGGGAGCACUCAGGAAGGGGGCAUCCCGGCACUGACAAGAACAGAUGGAAGUGGAGCCCUCCACUAUGCUGCAUCCUAUCAGACUUCCCGCAAGCCGGGGUGGUAAAGAGGGAUUCCCGUCGCUGUUGAAUCCGAGCUGGGAGCAGAUUAAAUUCCGUCUCAACAAAUAAAAGUUUUGCCACCUUGUGAUGUGUAAGCCCGCUUUAUCUGACAUUGAGGGGUACAUCAAUGGUUGCUGAUCCAGAGACCCCUGCAGCCCUGGGGGCUUUGAAAGGGGACUUCUUAGCUCCUGGAACUGGCGAUCCGAAGGAGGGUGGCUGCAGCCUGUGCCGACCUCCAGCGGGGUAGCAGGUCCAGUCUCAGGAACAUGCAACAGGUGCUGCAGCCCCACUGACCCUGAACGUGUGGAGCUGGCGUGGGGGAUGAGGGGUCUGCACGGUGGCCUGAGCAAGCCUGGCGGCA